AUGGAUGUAAACAGCCUUUCUUUAAAUCGUAUAUUGGUCUUUCUAUCACUGGCAUUAAUCUUGUGUCUAGCGGCAGUGGAAUCUUCCUCAGGAACAUGCACAGCGGACAGGAAUGAAUGUGAUGCCAAUUCUGAACCUAUGCGUAAGUAUGGGCCUUACCUUCCAAAAGUGACUAUCAUCUCGCCAACGUGUGUUAAACGUCAUCAAUUUCAUUCCAACUUAAUUCGAAUGUUUCAACAUCAAAGAUACGGUGGAGAGAAAGAGCUCCUAAUUUAUGAUGGUGCUUGCAAAUCUAAAUCAUCAGAUGAUAAAUCAGUCAAAUCGAAAGUAGUACUAAAAGCAAUGGAAGAGGACAGUAGAAUCAGAUAUUAUUAUGAGCCCUUAAAAAUCAAAAAGGGCGAGGAUCAUGUAAAACUUGGUAGCAAAAGGAAUUGGAUGAUUGCUAAUAGCACCGGAGAAAUUAUCGUCCAUUUCGACGAUGACGAUUACUACGGUCCUAAUUAUUUGCAACAUAUGAUAACAACGAUGAUAAUGCGUAAAGCCGUGAUGAUCAAGUUAAUAGCCUGGUUUAUUUAUGGUGAGCAAUAUCAAGAUGGCAGACGUACAGAAUCAUUCGCCUACUAUGAUUAUACUGUCAGCCAAUCGAAAGGCUGGGGCUGGAAUCUUGUUUAUAGAAAGGAAUUAUUAGAUCAGGUGAAAUUUAGAGACGCCGAUUUCAUGGAAGAAGAUCACUUCGUCAAUACAAUCUUCACGAACGGAAACAAAGUACACUUUAUGCAAGAUAAAAAUUUCUUAGCCAUGAAGUUUGUUACAGGAUCGCUUGUAAGAUCUACUGGGAUGCCGUUAUGCAAGACGUCAGGUAGCGACUAUAAAAUUUGUGAUCGUUAUGAAUUACCAAGAUGGCUCGCGGAAAAAAGCUUUGGAUCACAAAUUAAGGACUGGAUUAAAAUGGUCAACACAAGAUAG